GAGGACCAGGCAGGCAGACACCCACCCCUCACACUCCUGCCGGUUUCAGAGCCGGGGAGACGUCCCCUCCCAAUUCCUCGCUCAUUGGGCUGCGGAAGAGGAGGAACCCGCCCCGUGUUGUUGUCCAACUGGAGCAGUCUCCUGAGAGCAACCCGCUCACAUGAUCGCCCAGCUGAUUAGUACGAGCAGGAAACAGGGAGACGGGAGCGUUCGAGGGCGAUGCUACAGGAAGCCGGGUUACUGAGGGGUAUGUGUCAGUGCAGCUGGUGUGUGCUUGCAGCGCGUAACAAGCCCGGGGCUGACUGGGAGCCUGUAUAAAGCGGUUGGCAGCUCGCAAAGAAACUGCUGCAGAAAUUACUGCGUUUCUGCUUUGAAGGGCUGGGGAUUCCCGGCUUCAGUGUUGCAUUACUGACUCUGUAAUUACUCAGGAGCCUUGUAUCCACACCAUGGCUGAUGAGGUGCCCCCGUUACCCCUUUGCGCCUGCUUGUCCUAUGCAGUGGGACAUUUUCUGAAUGACUUGUGCGCGUCCAUGUGGUUCACUUAUCUCUUGGUGUUUUACCACUCGGUACUGGCCAUCAACAACUACAAUGCCGGCAUCCUACUGUUGAUAGGGCAGAUAGCGGACGGCUUCUGUACCCCACUCAUUGGCUAUGAGUCUGAUCGCACUCAGGGCUGCGGGCAGUACGGCAAGAGGAAGACGUGGCAUCUUCUCGGGAGCAUCUGUGUCAUUCUGUCUUUUCCAUUCAUUUUUAAUCCCCCUGUGGGCAGCAGUGAAGAUGUUCCCCAGUGGGUCGAACUGGUUUACUUCUCUCCAUUCAUCAUCAUCUUCCAGUUUGGAUGGGCUUCAGUACAGAUCUCCCACCUGUCCUUGAUACCGGAGCUCGUCACCAACAAACACGAGAGGGUUGAACUCACUGCUUUUAGGUAUGCUUUCACUGUUGUAGCCAACAUUGCAGUAUAUGGGAUUGCAUGGCUGCUGUUUCACUUUCAAGCUGGAAAUGUUGACAACAAUCUUGGUAAACAGGAUAUUCCACUGUUCAGGACCCUGGCACUGGUUGUUGUUGGAAUUGGCUUUGUGUCUUCAACACUGUUCCACGUUGGAACUCGGGAGAAAGUAAGGAAUGAAGAGGAGGUUGCCACUGAGCAUACGCCACUCAUCGAUGACUCCAGGAAAUUCAUGAGCCAACCACUGCUACAGUGGAAACAUUGGCUGAAGGAAUUGUCUUUCUAUCAUGUGGCCUUUUUGUACAUGUGCACUCGACUAAUGAUCAACCUCUCGCAGGUCUACAUUGCAAUGUACCUAACCUACACUCUAAAGCUACCAAAGAACUACAUUGCCGUGAUCCCUCUGGUGAUGUACGUCAGUGGAUUUCUGUCUUCAUUCCUCAUGAAACCUGUGAAUAAACAUAUUGGCAGGAAUAUGACCUACUUUCUUGGGAUUGUGAUGAUCCUGGCAUUCGCUUAUUGGGUCUGGUAUUUUCAGAUCGAGAAGAGUAUAUUCGGAGCUGCAGUCCUUCUCGGCAGUGGCUCUGCCACUAUUUUGGUGACCUCCCUCUCUAUGACUGCCGAUCUCAUAGGAGAAAACACUCAAAGUGGAGCCUUUGUCUACGGAUCCAUGAGUUUCACAGAUAAAGUAGCCAAUGGAUUAGCUGUGCUCAUUAUUCAGGGUCUCCAUCCCUGCAAGACCCAAAGCUGCUGUGCACAAUGUGGUCCAUUCUAUCACUUGGUCAUGGUGUUAGUAACUGGUUGCAUCGGCUGUGUGGCACUUCUUUCAUUAGGAGCUACUCGAAUUUGGCCUAUCAAGAUUAGGAAUCAACAGUUUGCCUGUUGAAGCACACAAGCUCACCAUCUAAUAUGGAAAGAGGACAAGAAGAUAAAAAUGUUCAAAGCCAGAAUCGGAUUGACAGCUCAUAGAUUUGUAGUAAAUUUCAAUUCUCUAUUUAACAUGUUUUCAUAAACAAGAAAACAACAAAUGCAAGUGAUAAACCUAAAACUACUAUAUCUGCUCAGUUUUUAAACUUGCUAACCUAAAUGCAAUUUUAAACUCGGAUAACAAUAUUAAAUUGUAAUAGGGAUUUAACCUCUGUGUGAGUAUUGGCUCACGUGCCAAACUUAAACUGGAAUUUAUGUUUGUAACUCCUCGGGAUUCUCAAAGUGCUUCACAGCCAAUGACCGUCAUGAAUAUGCAGAUGGCAAGAAGUAAAUGGGCAGAUAUUGUUGAGGGAGAAAUAUUGGCCAAGACAUUGGCAAAACAUCACUAACUAAAUAAAUGCUAGAGGAUGCCAUCCUGAAGGCCAAAUACAACCUUGGUCUGGUAUCCAAAGGUAGUAUCUACUGAUGGUAUUGGUUUAUUAUUGUCACUUGUACCGAGGUACAGUGAAAAGCUUGUCUUACAAACCGAUCGUACAGGUCAAUUCAUUACACAGUGCAGUUACAUUGAGUUAGUACAGAGUGCAUUGAUGUAGUACAGGUAAAAACAGUAACAGUACAAAGGGUCACAGCUACAGAGAGAGUGCAGUGCAAUAAGGUGCAAGGUCACAACAAGUGACGUGAGGUCAUAGUCCAUCUCAUUGUAUAAGGGAACCAUUCAAUAGUCUAUCACAGUGGGGUAGAAGCUGUCCUCAAGUGUCAAUCAGGAGUGUGUGCUCGCACCUCUGAAGCAUGUCGGAAUUUGGGACUAUGAGGCAAGGGUGAGUCAUUGAUUUUGGGCUGACACUUGGUGUAUAAUGCACUGCCAUGUAACAUUAAGUUGUGGUUCAUUGAAGUAUGAAGGGUUCAUGAAUAAUGUCCAUUUUACUGGGAUGACCCACUUGGGAGCAAUUUCCCUUCUAUGUUGACCUGCAAAAUUUAGCCAACCUGCCAAACAUCUGUCUGGGUAGAGUUGGAUUAGAUUAGUUUAUUGUCUUGUACACCAGAGUGCAAUGAAGUUAUUCGCAUUAAACUCACAGAGUAAACUGUGUGCAUCGUAUUUAUUAUAACAAUAAUGAGCGCAAAAUGUGCUUGAGUGUCUGUCUAAUUAAGCUGGUUGUACAUGACCCCCAUCUAAUGAUCUCUGUCUGGUCCAUGGGGCUGUCAGGUGAGGAUUAAAAUGUUCAGAAAUUGGGUAAAUUAAACUAGACAAUGACAGACCAGUCAGAGAAAGCUAACUGCAUUGAUGAAGGGUGCGGUAGCUGAGAGGGUUGGUAUUCUUUGUUUGGCUUUGGUAUUACAUAACAGACUGAAGCCUGUGGAAUGAAAAGGGCAGUGGCAAUGUGGAAACUAAUUUGCCGAGCUGUUGAAGAACAGAGUACUGGUGAAGGUUUUUUCCAGAUUGGAGGGAGAUGUACACUGGUGUCCUCCAGGGUCAGUAGUCGGAGCACUCCUCGAGCAAGGGACAUGUUUUGAAAGCAUGUAGAUGUUGCAAAGCUCGGCAAACUAGUAGAGCCAGAAGGCACAGACUCGAGAUGAGUGGCAAAAGAUGACAUUUUUAAUAUUAGUUGUUUUGUUUAGGAAUUUAUUUGCUUAAAAUAGAAAUGGAUAUUAUAACUUUCAGAAGGGGACUGGAUAAGUACUUGGAGAAACUUGGGUCUUUCAAGGAGCUGAUGUGGGCUUGUUCAGAGCUGAUCGAUGCAGCUCAGUCAUUAGAGCACAAGAUACAGAAGGAAUAGGCCAUCAACCCCUUUGAGCCUGCUCUGUCAUUCAGUAAGAUCAUGGCUAGUCUAAUCUUGGUCAGCUCCACUUUCCUGUAACCCUUGACAUUCCUAUAGACCAAAACUCGGUCAGCUACAUUUAAGGUCAAGACAAAAAUCCCAGCUUGAGAUUUGUGUUCAGGAAAUCAGCAGAACACCAAUUAGUUACUGAAACUGGGAUGAACAGCUGAUUCCAUUCUAUUUUCCUGACUCUUUUUUGACAUUUCACCUGAACUUUUUUGAACAACGGAAGUGUUCCAGGUGAAAUAGUAGUAUCCAAUAUCUUGUCUUUUGCCCCAAGAGCAAGAUUUCUCCUGGUAUCCUGGGCAACAUUUAUCACUCAAAUCUCUGAUUGUAGGAGAUACGCUAAUAAUCUGCCCAUUUAAUUCCAGAAAUCAUGGGAUCUAAUUGUGUCUAAACUGGCUGCUGAAGUUCUCUGUAUAACAGCAACAAAAUCCAUAAUGGUCUGUGAAAUAUUUUGAGACACCCGAGAUUGUGAGUUGUGCUACAAGUAAAUGUAAAUCCUUACCUCAUCCUUAUUCAAGGUAUUCAGAAUACAACUUCAUCUCUGAAUUUGCCUUUGGAAUUCAAGCCUCGCUUAAUUUGAGAACAAUAUACCAACACAAAUGAUUUUCUAUAACUAAUGUAAACUGUAAAAACAAAUACAAAGUGUUUUGCACCCUUGAUUAAUCUGAUGUUCUAUUUGUAAUGGGACUGAUAUACAACACUAAUACUUGUUAAGGUGCAAUUUUCAUGUUUUUUUAAAAAAUUAUCCUUUUGGUGCUCUUAAAAAUUUCCAAAGGAAGCUAUUUUAAAAAAUGAGCUAUGCUUAAAUCUGUCUUGUUAACCAAUAGUUUACAUAUUUUUGAGCCACUGACGUAAAACGUGAAUCAGGGGCAAGAACAGGCCAGCUCCACCAAUCAAUACGAUUGGGCUUUACUCAGUCCUGAUUGAUCUGAUUUGUAACCUCAACUCUACAUUCCUGCCUAUCCCUAGCAGCUAUUUGUCUCUGCCCCCUCCCCCCAUCACAAAUCUACCUCCUGCUUUUUCUAAAAGAAGUUCAAAGACCCUGCUUCCAUCACCCUUUUGAGGAAGAGUUCCAAAGACACUCAACCCUUUCUGAGAAAAACUUUACCUCGUCCAUCUUAAAUGGACAGGGCCCUUACUUUUAAACAGUGACUUCUGGUUCUAGUUCCUCCCACAAGAGGGAAAGAUCCUCUUCACAUUUGCUCUCUUGUAUUUUGCGAUCAACACGACUGCCUUUGGGUUUACUAACCGGAUGAUCCUGUAUCAUUUGUACUUAAAUUUUUGUUUUUCUUUGAUCUAAGAUCUUAGAUUUUCCUGGAAAAUUCUUAGAUGUUCUCCUUUAUUACUUAAACACAACCAAUUUUAUUUUCAGCACAAGUUUACAGUUGUCAUUUCAAUCCCAUUGCAAAUUACCCAAAGCUAAGUUAUUAAACCAAAUGGUGGUAGUCUUGUAAGGGUUUGAUGUUAAAUGAAUACAUGUUAAAUGCUGCUAAAUAUUUAAUGUGGGGAGUAUUAAAGUCUCAUUGGUACAAGUAUAGUAAAAUCUGUUUGAUUCCUGUUGUGAAUAAACUUGAUCUUGAGCAGUAAACUUUUCAUAAAUUUACAAUAUUGUAUAUUUUAAUGCGGGAAAUAUUGUAUAUUACAUAACACUACACCAAUGCAGAUUUUAAAUAAUCAGCUAUUCAUUAAUGUGCUAUACAAGUUCAAUUAAAAUUACAAAAUCUAGAAAUGUCAGUCUUUUAAAACGUGUAUGUACUAUUUUAUGUAAUUAAAUUCACCAUGAAACAAUGUAAA